AUGGUAACGCCGAACCCAGAAUCAGUGGCUAAUCAAAGAAGGGUUCGCAAGGGGACUCGGUCUUGCUGGGAAUGCAAACGACGGAAGAUCAGGUGCAUCUUUCCAACGUCGGGAGACGCCACAUGCGUCUUCUGUCAGCGCCGACGGGUACCCUGCAUCGGUCAGGAGAUACCAGAGUCUUUGGCUCUGGCCGGCAAGGGUAACCGCGGUCUCGGUGAUCGCAUCGCAAGAAUUGAAGAUGCUAUGAAAGACUUGCUUGAUAGCAAAGAAGAGUUACAGCAAAAGGGACAUGAUGUUGUCAGAGUUUAUGCCUCAGACCCAACGCCCUCGUCAGUCCGAGCUCCUCCCACGCCUGCAAAAACUCUUGAAGAAUGUUCUCUACAUUCAGCACUACUUGCCUCAGACUCGCCAACUGUGUUAGAUCAAGCUGAGGCUGAAACCACAGCCUUCCAUCCCUUAUGGGCUGCCUUUCCAUCCGACGACGACGUCAAAAUUCUGCUUCAGGAGAGCUUGAGAACAUCACGUUACACCUGCUUGGUCAACACCCAGCCGCAUAGCAAAUUGACCCAGGAGACGCUCGGGGCGCCGUACCUUUCACCAAAAUGUCCUGAUUCCAACACUCAUCCCGUCAUUCUCGCCAAGAGUAUGCUUAUUUUUGCCAUCACUCUACAGGCCCCAUGUGAGGAAUUUCUCAGCCUCUCGGAACCACCAAACGUUCUCAGCCGUCGCUUGGUCACGGCUGCUGUGAGAUGGUUGGCGACCCAGGAAGAGACGCACGGCUCUGUCGAGAGCCUGAUUUGCAUCAUUCUCGAAGCUGUCUUUGAAACUAACUGUGGCAAUCUUCGUAAGGCGUGGGUUAUCUAUCGCAGGGCAAUGGCCAUUGCACAAACGAUGGGCCUGCACCGCUCACCUAUGCCUCCACUAAAACGCAUCGACCCUACGCUUGAUGCUGACCCAGAGUUUAUGUGGUUUCGAAUUGUCUACAUGGAUCGUUAUCUCAGUUUGCUGCUCGGUCUACCUCAGGGAACAACUGAUAAGAGCCUACGGGCUUUAUCGCUUUUACAGCAUGAACCACCACUAGGCCAAUUCGAGCGACAACUCACCGUCAUAGCAUCAUGUAUACUAGAACGUAAUGACCGUGCCUUUACUGCGAGUGAGAUCGUUAUAAAACAGUCUAUUGAUGCAGAUCUACUGAGAGUGUCUCAGAGUAUGCCGGCAAGCUUUUGGCGUCCGGCGAAUUUCCAGAACGUGAUGGUAGGAUCGCCCGACAACCUCUUGGAGGCAGUACGGCUGGCAGCUCAGGUCUACUACUACGGCUUACUAAUUCAGCUCCAUCUACCAUAUAUGAUGCACGGAAUCAGUAAUGAUACCGAGCAUGAAUACUCUAAGAUCACAUGCGUCAACGCGAGUCGGGAGAUUAUAACACGCUUCAUUGCUCACCGAAGCUUUCAACCUAAGUCGUUAUGCUCACGGCCUGUAGACUUUUUUGCCCUUUUAGCCGCCAUGACGCUUUCACUUGCUCACCUCGAUGCUCAUUACCAUAGGAAUGCGACCAACUUCCUGGCCCAUCAGCGUCUUAGCGAUCGUGCUAUGCUGGAUCAAACCUUGGAGAGAAUGGAUGUAAUGAGAGACGAUAACAAGGACGUCGUCAUGGAAGAAAGCGGCGAAUUGAUCCGACGAUUACUCGAAAUCGAGGCGGAUGCAGCCAAUGGAAGCAGCUACACCGCCAGCAGCGUCGGAAGAGACGAAGACGAUGGACAAGACUCUGCAGGGAAGGGAUGCGUAGAGGGGCUGCGUUUACUCAUUCCAUACCUCGGCACCAUCAAGAUCACCCGUCAGGGACCUAUCUCUCGAGAGCCCUUGCAAGAGAGCGCUGCAUAUCAGACUCCUCAGACUGAGUUUCCGUAUGCGGAGCCAAUGCGUGCUACACUCAAUGACGCAUUUACGUCUGUACCUCAAGCGCCAUCGCCUACGGAUAUCCAGCAGCCACUGACUCAUCUGCACGGCGUGACUCAAAACUCACCGGUUUUGGGAGAUCUGCUCGUGCCGGACCAGCUGAACCAGCAGCUGCAAACAUCCAGGGAAGAACAGCACCUGCAAUCGCACUUGGAGCUUCCCGCCAUCGCGACGGGCAUCCAUGACUGGCCUUUCCAGGGCGCCGACGUGGCCUUCUUCGAUAGCCUGAUGAGAGGCUGUCCUGGACUAGACAAGUGA